AUGAUUCGCUCCUAUUCCAUUGUUCUCUUUUGUAAUACGAUGAAUGAUUGGAUUAACAAUUCAGCUCAACUUUUUAUUCAGAACAAAAUCGUCCCCUGCGGCCUCGGAUUGGCCUAUGUGAGCUUUGGUCCAUGCAAGAAUUUCGGACCAAGGACAUGCUUUUUCGGGUACACAAUUCUGAUGGGCACUUUUAGUUACGGGUUCUACUUGCUGGUAGCGGCUUUUGGAUACAGAAAAUACGUGCUCUUUCGAAAACCACCAAAAAUCAAGACAACUUGGACGAUUUGCGGGUGCUGCCUGAUCCCAACAAUUAUCCAAAUUACUACAGCCUUGUUUUCUCUUGACAAUGAGAAAGAAGUGAGGGAAAUGGUGCAAAGACAAGAACCACAUUCUGAUUACUCUAAACAAGCUGUGACUGGUCAUUUAAAUAUUUUCUCUUCAUUGAUUCUUUUGAAAAUUGUUCACAUCGUUUGCAUGGUCGUACCGAUGUAUUUGACGAUUUUGGUGAUCAGAUACCAAACUCUUCAAAAGAUCAAAACCUCAUUCACAAUGUCAUCGACAACAAAGAGACUUCAUGGACAAUUUAUCAAAGCACUCACCAUUCAAUCGUUUCUUCCACUUUUUGGUGCUUUCGCUGUUCUCUGUUAUAUUCCACAACAAUUGGGUUGGAUCGAUCUCCCGUGGGCGAAUCACAUGAUUUUGGCGACAGCUAGCCCAAUACCGAUUUUCAAUCCAAUCGCCACCGUCUACUGUGUGGGGACAUAUCGAAGAGCCGCCCGGAAAAUUUUACGCUUCAAAAAGCAGCACUUUCACAGCUCCGAGGGGAAACCAAUUGGAACCGUUUCGUAUCACAGCGUCGGUGAAAGCUUAACGAUA